AUGUUCGUGUUGGAUUUUCGUUGUAAAGUUUUCAAACUUUAGAAGCAAUCGUUAGAACGGAAAUAGGCUACAGUCUGCGGCGAUCGCAAAACAUUGGCUUAGUUUGGCUAAGUCUCAGUUUACCGAAUACCGAUGCAUGGGUCCAACCCGGGAGCGGAUGGGUGAUUGCUGGCUGAAGUGACAAGUGAGUCUGAGUUAUAUGCAUAAAUCCGUUUCAGUACGAAGCUGUGAAUGUCAGAUGCUGAAGCUUUCAACUUUCGCGUUCCAUAUAUCGCGUUAAAAAAUUUCAGCAGAAGUAUCCCUCUAUGAGGGUUGCCGCGCGGACGUUUCUGCCGACGACGCUGCAGGUGCGGUGAGCACAAGGCGACCCUCAGACUCGCAAAAGAGGACUGCAAGAAGAAAAAGUCUUCGCGUCCCAGCUGAAUAAUUCGAAUUCAUCAAGACCCGUUUAGUUUGAGAAGUGCUAGCAAGAAGUUGAGGCAGCUGGCUGUCCCAGUUGAGUGGUGGGGAGUGGGGCCAGAAGAUGGUGUCUAUACGACGCACGACAUCACUGGAUGCCCUCACCUCCAGACCUGCUGGGCCCCACGAGUGGUCCAGGCCCAUUACACUACACACGCUCCUGCUGCUCCACAAACACACACAAACCCCAGCGGCGUGGGUGGAGGAGUGGACGGACGUGCCGCCCCCAGGCUGGUGUGGCUCUGGCGUCCCCACAGCUGCAGGGGCGUCAGUGGACGAUGCAGUGGACGUGACGACAGCAGCGACCUCUCACGACCACCGCAGACGCCCUCACUCUAACCCCUGCAGUCCCCGGCACGCGCCCUGCAGUAAUGCUGUGGUGCCCUCCCUCGGCGCCUCCCCAGCUCGCAGGACUCUCAGUAUCAGGAGGACUCCGGACAGAGGCUUGCAGGACUCCCCCUCCUCCCCUCCUCCCCUGUGGUGUCCUUCCCCAUCUGUGCUCGCCCCCACGGCGCUCCCCCUGCAGGGGGAACCUCUGGAUAAAUUCAUCCGUCAGAGUAACGACUUAAUAUGUGUGCAGCUGAACGACGGGAGGCGGGCGCCGUUGCCAGGAUGUGGCCUCAAGACUCGCUCUGUCAACACCCAGACGACCUCCUCCCCCCACUCCGCGUCCCCCCACUCCCCCCAGCCUGAUUAUUCACCAAUAGACUGCAGCUUCUCCCCCGUUGCGUGCUCUCCCUCUGGGUCGCCUCUAGACUCCCCCACGGCUGAGGGAGACGGCAAGCUCAGGUCCAACUCCUCCCCGCACAUCAACAAGUUCCUGGCGCGGGAGCCUCCCACGGGCUCGCAGAGAGUCGCCCUCAGGGUCCGCGAUGGCAGAUGUGAAAGCGCUGAACCCUUCGUGGCUCCGAAGCCUUCAGUACCUUUCACCCUGCGUCCCAGCCUGGGGUCGGCCUUCUGUCCCCCUCAGAUGCGGACCUCCGCCGCUGCCGGUGACAUGACUGGCGACCGCUUGCAUCCUAGUGACCCGCGGGACGCUUGUGGGCCGCUGACACAACAGCAACGCGUGUCAGAUCACCUGGCCCCUCACUUCCCCAACGCUGACGUUGAAAGACUUGCUGACAAUGCUUGCGAUACAGUUUCUAGUAAAUGUUCUGCUUCGCUAGGUCUAGAUGAUAUACAAUAUCCUUCCAAUGCAGGAUUAGCUUCCUUAUCAGACGCCUCUAUGCUGGCGAGUCCUGCUGCCGGCAUACAAUAGCAUUAGUCAUGUUUAGUCUUACGUAGUCAUAAACUAGGCUUCUCGUCAAAUUUUUGACAAUUCCUAUUUCUUCAAAUACGAAUGGCUUAAUGUCAAGCUGUUCACUUUAGGUGGCUCAGUUUCUGUGCGAGAUACUUCUUUUUCUUCACGACUCUUCAGACCUAAUCUUUGCUUGAACCUAAAUACUUACAAACUUGCUGCUUUUCAGCAGACAUACCUUUUAUGAUUGUUUUCAAUUUAGUUUAGGUCGGGGAUUCUUAAGCACAUACAUCGCAAAUUAUUAAAGUAUCGUUAUGUUAUACUAGACACAAAUAAGCGAGAAUACGACGCAGUGCCACAGCUUGUUACACAAGCUUGUCAUAAACCUGAAAAAGAACUUGAGCUCAUGACAUUCUCAUCUCGUUAUAGGAAGUUUGUAAAACCACAAAUACUAUUGAUUUCCUUUAAUUUAUCCGCUUAAAUAUUCAGUUCUUAAGCGGUUAUCACGUUGUUUUUCUCCCUGUACUUUAAGCCUUGACGUUGCGCAUUGCUUUGGAGUCUAUAAGUGAGAAGUUUUGGUGCCGGGUGCUCGAUGUGUUGCAGUACAAAUCACCUGCCAUAAAAUAGAUACUCUCGUUUAUUCCAUUGACUCGGCCUGCGUACUCGGCUGCUGCUUCAGUUUUGCCGAGUCAGGAUUAGGGAAUGUUAUUUUAGUCUUGCUAAGUUAUUUGUAUAAUAAUUUACCUUCUUCCUGUGAACGAAAUUGUUAUAUUACAAAACCUUUUAUUGUGAGUUAUAUUUCUUUUUACAUUUUCGGAGGGUUAAUGAAACGGAGGGUUAAUGUUCUAAAUUUUCGGAGGGUAAAUGAAACGGAGGGUUAAUGUCCUAACUCCAACAAUCAGCAAUUGUCGUUAUAACUUCUAAUAUCUAUAUUUGCGGUAUGAAACGUGCCGUAAGAAGGCUUCAAAUUCGAAUGAGAAUUAUUAGAAAUAACAUUUGCUCAAUUCGUAUGUGUGAGCAGAACGAUGUAUUACUUAUUGAAAAAUUCCAUGUUAUUUUGAAAAUCAACUAAUUAUUAAUUAGAAAUAAUUAUAACGGAGAAAUAUUGAUAAGCCUGCGUUAGUCAAGUGUGUCGCAGAAGAGCGUUUUGUAUACGUUGCUUCAACGUCAAGUCUUUGAAAAGAAAGAUUUUUUCAUAACAGCUUAAUUUUUAAAUAUUCCUUCGUGGUUUUUUGUAGGGCAUACGUUGGUUAUUAUUAAAUCAACUCUACUGAGAUCGAUUUCAUGGCAAUGCUUCAUAAUGUGUCGCAUGACCUUUCCCCAUUAUUUGUCUCUGGUAUGAAAACUUCGCUGCUGCAGGUUCUCUUAUAAUUACGCUAUAUAUAUUCUGUUUACUAUUUCGGGUUAGGAUUUCUUUUUUGCAUACCCGAACUUGUAAUAAUGAUCGAAUAUCUUGCGUCAAUGCUGGCUAGCUGUCGUAGCUCAGCUACGGUGACCGAAACCAUCCCUACUCUGUUCUUUCUUGAAGUGAUGCUCUUAUGUUCCCAGAACAUUUGAACGCAAGUAAUAAUAACCUUACACCGAAGUUUUGUGCUGAAUGCCCCCGCGAUGUUAACUAACUUAUUAGCCUGCGGGCACCCGACCGUCCUUAUCAGUUCUCCCGCCCUACGACGCUGCAACCAUCAUAAGAAAUUCGUUCUAAAGUCCAAUGAAAAUCCAGCGUUGGAGGCUCUGCUAAUACCUUUCUCUCAAAUCCCCAUCUGGUACGCUUUAUUUUCAUCGCGAUUGCGAUUUAGGGAUUUGAUAACGAUGUUUCAGUCGUUUGAAGUAUUGAGCGUCACGAUUUUGUUAUGGCUUGCUUAGUGGGGGACUGCUGUCUUUUUCAGCAUCCGAAUCGCCUUGACCGGUAGUUUGAAUCACACGACUUGUAAGUUUCAUAAUCUUUUCUUGUGAAGCAGAUUACGUUGUGUGCUCUUACAUCACCUCUGCUACAUCUUAUGCAUAAGAAGCAGACCAUAAAAUAUUCAUGUUUCAUUGUAUAUUAAUCAUGAACAGAAGUUUAUGUUCAGUAUUAGACGAAUCAAGUGAAAUAGAAUAAAUAUUCCUCGAUA